AUGCAGGCACAAUUAGGACGUCACGAGAAUAUCCUUCUCAAACAAAAUAAGACAAAUAUUCAACUUGAAAACCAUAAGCUGAAAGAGACGUUAAAGACUGCUCUUUGCACCAAGUGCAACGGAUCACUGAAUCCAUCUGAUUACAACUCUGUCGAGGAAUAUCGUCUGAGACUCCAGAUCCACCGUCUCACCGAGGAAUUAAGCAAGAUGACAGCGCUAGCACAAAGAUGCCUUGGAAGGCCAAUAAUGUCUUUUGACCUAUCAAACUCCGCUCCCAUUGGACAAGUACCUGCAGCUCCUCCUCUUCCUCCUGUUAUGCCAACAAUUUCCUUGGCAGGAGUACUCGACGUGAGUCAAAACCAGAUUGAAAAUUCACCAUUUCUCGAGCUCGCCGAGAAAGCAAUGGAGGAAUUGACUAAACUAGUUAGCGUAAACGCUCCUCUAUGGACACAGACCGGAUGCGAAGGAGGAGGAGGAGGUGCCGUGGAAUAUCUAAACCUGGAAGAGUACAUCAAAUCAUUCCCUCCUUGUUUUGAAACAAAGCCCGACAAAAAUUCUACACGUUAUGCCACAAGGGCAUCCGGCAUUGUUGCGGCCAAAAGCUCGUCCAUCCUAAAUUCCUUGAUGAAUGAAGCAGGCAACAGAAACUUACAAAUGAUGGAUGCUGAGCUACAAGCGCUAUCUCCUAUUGUUCCUGUUUGGAAAGUGAAGUUUCUUCGAUUCUGCAGACAGAUUGCGGAGGGAGUGUGGGGAAUGGUGGACGUGUCGAUUGAAACUAGCGGAAUUGUUAAUUGUAGGAGGUUCCCUUCUGGAUGUGUUUUGCAAGAUAUUCUCAAUGGUUGUUCUAGGGUGACAUGGGUGGAGCAUUUGGAUUGCGAAGAGAACGACGUCAAGGUUAUUCAUCCAUUAGGAGUCAUGAGUUGUAGUUCGUCUUUUGGUGCUCAAAGGUGGCUUGCCUCACUUCAAAGACAAUGCCUAUGCUUGGCGAUAAUCUCGUCUCCUCCAGCCUCCACUCAGGAUCGAGCUAGUGGGAUGGUUAGUCAUUUCACUAAGAGAAGCAUGGUUAGUAUGGCUCAUAGAAUGGUGCGUAGCUUCGGUUUCGGUUUAUGCUCGACUGUGCACCAAUGGCAGCUAGUCCAAGCCGGGGAAACCAGGCUGACUGUACGCAAUAACAUGGACAAUCCAGGUGAGCCAACCGGGGUGGUGGUGUGUGCCACAAAUUCGGUCUGGAUGCCCCUUUCCCAUCUACGUGUGUUUGAUUUCCUAAGCAAUAAAGAUAGAAGGGGAGAAUGGGAGGAUGUACAUUACACCAUGCCAAUACAAGAGCUGGCUCGAAUCGAUAAGAGCAAUGACGACGAACUCAACCGUGUCUCUUUUCUUCACACGACGGUUUUAAUUGAUAAAAAUAAUCAAAAGGUUGUGCCUAUAGUGCAAGAGACACAAUCAGACGAGUCGGGAUCCAUGAUAGUGUAUGGGAUGGUGAACUUACCGGUGAUGCAGGUGGUGAUGAGCGGUCAGGAUUCGAGCUCGGUGGAGAUACUUCCGAAUGGAUUUUCCAUCAUCCCGAAUAUCAAAAGGCCGGCGACGAGAGAAUGCGUGAAGGAGGAGGAUGAUUCGUGUAUGAUGACAGUUGCGUUCCAAAUAUUGACGAAGAAUAGUCCCGGAAAUAUGAACAUCUCGAUGGAACUGAUUGAAUACAUAAACAACUUGAUGUCUCAAAGGAUUCAGAGGAUCAGAUCUGCUCUUCAUUGUGGCUAG